CAAGCUGUCGUGGACAUGGGUUCCAAUGGGAUACGCUUCUCCAUCUCAAACCUACAACCACCGACAGCGCGCAUCAUGCCAACGCUCUAUCAGCACAGAGAAGGUAUCUCGUUGUACGAUGCACAGUACGCUGCCUCUGGAGAAAGGAGACCGAUCGACGAAGUUACAAUCUUGGCGGUACUGGCCUCCUUCAGGUUGUUCCAACGAACAUGCGAAGACUUCAGGGUGCCGAAAGGCAACAUCACGGUACUUGCUACAGAAGCCACACGGACUGCACUUAACUCUGAAGACUUUCGCCGACGCAUUAAGAAGGCUGUCGGGUGGGAGGUCACUAUGCUACCUAAGGAGGAAGAGGGUCGUGUAGGCGCCAUGGGCAUUGCCAGCUCAUUACCUGAAGUCAGCGGCCUAGUCAUGGAUCUUGGUGGCGGCAGCACGCAAUUGAGCUGGCUGAUCAAGACUGCCGACUCUGCCGAAGUGCUGAUGCCUGAGCAAGGAGCAGUCAGCAUGCCGUAUGGCGCUGCAGCCGUGAUGCGACGGCUUGCAGAAGCCGAGAAGGCAGGCAAGACCGCCGCGCUCAAGACUGAACUGCAGACGGCCAUGAGGAAUGCUUAUGAGACCCUCAAAGUACCCUCGCAGCUACAGAACACUGCUAGUCAGCACGGUGGUUUUACGCUGUACCUCUCUGGCGGCGGCUUUCGUGGUUGGGGCUAUGUUCUGAUGAGCAGACACCACGUCAAACCUUACCCCAUCCCGGUUAUCAACGGCUUCAGCGCCAGUCGAGCGGACUUUCUCGGCAUCGACGAUGUCAAGCAAGCUGCUGCUGCCGCGCUCCAGGACGAAGAGGACGAAAUGUUUCGCAUCUCGGACCGUCGAGCGAGCCAGGUCCCUGCUGUUGCCUUCCUGAUCAGCGCCAUCGCGGAAGCUCUGCCCCUCAUCAGAGAAGUACGCUUCUGCCAAGGCGGAGUCAGGGAAGGGUUUUUGUUCACGAAGCUCUCGCCAGAAGUGCGCUCGCAGCAUCCUUUGGUGGUCGCCACUGAGCCAUUCGACACCACUCGCUCAUCAACGGAUAUUGUCGACCUUCUGCGUGCGUCGCUACCAGAGGCAGACGGCUCACAGGACGAAAGGGAUGAGUACGAGCAGAUCUUCAACAUGCAUACCUUGGCGGCUUUUGCCAACCUAAUGUACUACCACUCCUCAUACCCGAAGGACCUGCAAGCCUCGGCUGCUAUGCGGUCUACGACAUCUGGGAUCCUCGCAGGCGUUCAUGGCGUGCUGCAUGAGAGUCGGACCAUGCUUGCAUUGUUGCUGUGUCAGAGAUGGGGCGGCGACGUACCGCCUAUAGACGAUGUGUUCAGACACAACAUGAUACAGCUCGUAGCCUCCCCAUGGCCACUGUGGUGGAUCAACUACCUGGGCGCAGUGGCUAACUUAAUUGCUGCGGCCUAUCCGGCGGGCGUGACCGGGAACAACAGAGGGAGACUUGCGGUCGAGGCAGCAUGGAGCCCAGAGAGUACAGCGCUGGCGCUUGUUGUUAAGAUCAAAUUCGCUCGCGACACGUCGUCCGCCGACUUUAGCAGAGAGUUGAAGCACCUAGAGAAGGUGGGCAAACGGAGACGGUGGGUU